CCACACAACUUUUAACAUUUAUUGCACUAUAAAAGUGAAUGAGUUUAUUAUUACCUAUAAAAUAUUUAUUUCCAUUAAUUAUAUCCAAUGACAACGGUGCCUUUGUAUUUCGCACAGUUUGUUUCCAGAUAAAGAUAUUAUUGUGUUAAUUUAAUGAUAAGACUUUCAUAGAAUAUAAGUGAAGAAGUAUAAUAUAGAUCAUUUCGCUUUGGUGUGUGCUAUUUACUGGGUGUUUCCUCACAAUGGCCGGCGAUAUGGUGCAUCCUAAGAUUCGCGAAGAAUGCGAGAUACUACAUAUGACGGACAAACAAUUAAAAGAAAUUAUGAGUAGACUUCAUAAUGAUCUAGUUAAAGGACUUAGCAGAGAUACUCAUCCUACAGCGAUUGUAAAAUGCUGGUUAACUUACAUACAGGAUUUGCCAAAUGGAAAAGAACGUGGAAAAUUCCUUGCGUUAGAUUUAGGUGGAACGAACUUCAGAGUUCUCAUCAUAAACUUGGGAGAAAAUCACUUCGAUAUGCAGUCAAAAAUCUACGCCAUACCAAGCCAUAUCAUGACCGGCACGGGGGUCGCAUUAUUUGAUCAUAUAGCAGAGUGCUUGGCUAAUUUCAUGAAGGAACAUAAUGUCUACGAGGAGAGAUUGGCCCUAGGAUUCACGUUUAGUUUUCCUCUAAAACAAAUGGGUCUUACGAAAGGAAUUCUACAACGCUGGACUAAGGGCUUCUCUUGUAGCGGUGCGAUCGGAGAAGAUGUUGUUCAAGGAUUAAAAGAUGCUAUCGCUAGACGAGGAGACGUACAGAUAGACAUUUGCGCUAUUCUGAAUGACACGACGGGAACUCUCAUGUCCUGCGCGUGGAAAAACCACAACUGCAAAAUAGGACUCAUCGUUGGUACUGGAAGCAAUGCCUGCUACGUGGAGAAGACGGAGAACUGCGAGUUGUUUGAAGGCGAGCCGACCAAGCCUGCCAUGUUGAUAAACACGGAAUGGGGCGCUUUCGGUGACGACGGCGCCCUCGAUUUUGUCCGGACAGAGUUCGACCGGGAAGUCGACUCCAACUCCAUCAACCCUGGCAAACAAAUACAAGAGAAAAUGAUAUCAGGAAUGUACAUGGGAGAGCUGGUGCGACUGGCGCUGGUGAAGUUCACCACAAUGGGCUUGUUGUUCGGAGGGCGGGGUUCGGACUUGCUGUUCCAGAGGAACAGUUUCUACACCAAGUACGUCUCAGAGAUCGAGUCGGACAAACCCGGGGAUUACACUAGCUGCAUGGAUGUGUUGGAGGAACUAGGACUAUCCCACGCGACGGAGUCCGACAUGGCCGCGGUCCGACACGUGUGCGAGUGCGUGUCGCGGCGAGCGGCGCAUCUGGUCUCCGCAGGCAUCGCCACGCUCCUCAACAAGAUGAAUGAACCCAAAGUCACCGUCGGCAUAGACGGCUCCGUCUACCGUUUCCACCCCCAUUUCCACACGCUCAUGUGCGAAAAGAUCGCGCAGCUGGUCCGGCCCGGAAUAACGUUCGAUCUGAUGUUAUCAGAGGACGGCAGCGGCCGCGGUGCGGCGCUAGUAGCGGCGGUGGCUUGCCGCGAGACUCUUGGCUUCGCGUAGGGUUACCUCUGCAUCGAUAUUUCGUCAUGACGACCUGUAAACCAAAAUGUCACACGAGACACGGACCACUCCUCCACUACUUCGAUUGCACACGACAAUGCCGGCCAUGUCAUUCCCACACUCCUGUGUGAAGGCAAUCAAUAUCGUAGCGCAGUGGGUAAUGGGAUCUUGUAAUAUUUUGCUAAUGUGUUAAUUUCACAAGUUACGUAAACGCCGAAUUUCUGUUAAGCUUUUAAUUUUUAUUAUCGCGAUAGUUCAAAGUGUUAGAUCAUUAAAUUGCUAUUCUUUGUUCAUCUAUAAACGGUUCUGUUCAGUGUCCUCACAUAAAAUGUAUGGCCAAUAUUUAAUCGAAUAUCGAUAAAUUUGGUGAACAUAUUUUAAACACAAAACGUAGAGUAAAAUAUGGUUAUUUCAAAUGUGUCGAUAUGAUUGGUUAGUUGCUUUAAUAGUUUGCUUUUAGGUUGAUUUAUCUUAGUUGUCGUCAAUCUGGCGUCGCGGGUGCGUGUAUGGGAAAUGAAAUUUAAAUAUUUUAGUGUUAUAGAACGUGUCCUAGCUGAAUUGCUAUUACGCGUUUACCUAUUUGAGAACGAAGUACAGGUAUCAUCUCUUUCCAGAGAAAUCCAAAGGUUACUUUACAUAAGGUUUGCUAAAAGAGAUAGGCACAAAGUUGCAGGAACUUGGUCGACGUCUUAUCUUAUAAAUUAGGGUUCAGGAGUACUUACAUACGAUGACCUGUCUAGUCACAAAAAGAUUUAAGGAGUUGGUUACUUAAAUAUUCAGUUAACAAAUACGUUGUCGACAUUUCUAUAAGAAUCUUUGUCCCAGUUCUCUUACAAUAACAAGACUGAUUUUUAUGAACCGAUAUCACCGUACUACCUACGUAUACCUCUUGCUAAAAUAUACAAAAAAAAUUGUUUUCAAUGUUACGUUGUAUAAUGUAAUGGUACGUACGUACAAUGUUACAUAAACUAUCAAAGGCUUCUGUCAGUCGAUAAACAUGCAAUGAAGUUGCAUUUUUUGCGCGUGCCUAUCUUAGCCAACGCAAAUAUUUGGCCCCAACAAGCUUUCAGUGACUAUUGUUGCGUUAUUUAGCAAUAUGUGGUUAUAAUUAUAAUUUAUCUAUUGGUUAGCUAGCUCUUCUAAUUCUUACUUUAAGAAAAUGCGUAUUUAUAAAAUGUAAACACAUAAUUUAUACAGAUACGUUAGCUCCGGACAAUAAAUUAAAGAACGUCUAUCAAUGUAAGUACAUAGUGUUUUUUUCUGUAUUUCCAUCUUAUGUAAGUAGCAAGAAAGUUUAAAAACAUGUGUACUUGUACAAAAAUCGUAAAAACAGAUAUAGGAAAUUAAUUAAGGAAUCCCACUGAGUGCAGAAUUAUUGAAUAAUUUUUAAUUAGUUUUAAUUAGGACAGAUAGGUGUAUAUGUACUUUUCCCAUGAUCAUUUACCAACGUCCAAUUAUCUUACUUCAGUAAGUGUAAACUGUACUCAGAUAAAUGUUACUUGGCAGUAAUACAUUAUUUUAUCACGCGUGAGUUCCGGUCAACACGAAUAUCUCAAACACUUUCGAAAACUUCUAAUGAAUUAUAUAAUAAACUAACAUAGCUACCCAAAAUACUGAAAGCUGAACUCCUACAUAUGAUGUGAUAAGUAAAAUGAAAUGCCAGAGUGAAGAUGUUCGUGUUAGCGUGAAUCAUAUUUUAGCAAUAAUUCUGUGCAUAUUGUACAUUGCAAGUAGUGUAUCAUUUUUGAUCAUUCCAUAUACGAUCACGAAAUGAUUUUAGUAAGUAUAUUUUUUAGAUUUUACGGGAACAGUUUGAUAUCACCAUUACUAUAAUAUCGAGGUUUGCGGCAAUGGAAAUGUUAUUAAAUUGUUUGAUAAAUUAAUUAAUGAAAUCUAAGAUUAUUAUCUAAGUGUUUUGAUAUUUUACUGUGAUAGAACUAGGACUAUAUUUCUGAUGAAGAAAAGUUUUUUAACACAUUAUUGAUAUUUCUUAGCCUACGACUUUAAUCAGUUAUCGAAUAGAAAUAAAGUGAAGUCAAAUUUCAUUUUUGGUUCGUGUAUCAGAUACACUAAGCAAAGAUUUUAUUCGAGUUGUCCUUUAUAUAUUUUUAUUUUUCUUAUUUUCAGACAAAUAUUGGCCAUAUUAAACUGCUGUUAGGUUACAUCCCACACAAGUAUAUGUAUAGUUCCUAGAUUUUAUGAAUAGGUGCAUUUUAUUUAAGGAGUCACUGUUUGUCAAUAUCUCUCUGUUGCAUGCUCUUUUAUGUUAAAUCGUAUGAAUGUAACAAUUAUGAGUUAAGCAUAGUGUUUAGAUAUUAUUUACAUAAUAUUUAUUAUAAAUAGAUAUUAUUGUUUUAUAUUGAUUUCCCGUGAAUCUGAAUAUUAUUUUGUAAAUGUUUGAAAGUUCAAAUUUCAAAAUAAAUGAGACCAAGUUUACACAGAAAUGAGAUUACAAAGUCUUGGUAAAAAGUAUAUGAAAUUUAGUAAGAGAUAUCGUGAGCUAGUGGUUCUAUCAUUUGAAAUGAAUUAUUUAAUAUUUUAUUAAAACAGUAUAAAGAUUAAUUAUAUGUAUAUUUGCCUAUCUCAUAAAGUUAUUUUAUGAAAUAUCCUAUUGUUUUACUACGAGCAAGGGCCACACAAGAGAAUAGAUAAAACGAGAAGAUCUAGAAACAUCAACAUACAAACAUCACUUUGAGACUUUUAACAGUAUUUCGUAAUAAAUAAUUUCUUUCGAAUGAGUCCAGGCUCGCGAGUCCUUACCAUUGACGUAUUCGAUCUUCAUUUUGCUCAAAUCAUCAAGCACCUUUAUAAGUACAUACGUUACUUAGAUAUAUUGUGUAAAAAAUGUUUAUAAAGAGAACAUUUGAAAAUACAUAUUACUAUAUAUCACAUAUUAUGUAUACUAUACGUAUAAUAAAAUAUAUUAUGGUUUACCCGUGCCAUAUUUGAAUCUGUAAAAAUACGAAGUAUAGAAAGCAAAGGACUAAAACCUAAUGAACCAUUUUAGAGCAACAUCACAUCUCAACAUUAGACUUAUAAAACAUUACAAACAUAACAACUUAGACCGUAUGCAUUUUGUUAAGGCCAUUGUUCCCAGUUCCGUUAGUACACAACCUGCUAGUAACAUUCCACGGGUAAAAUACUCUAGUGACUCCCUACUUCUUAGAUUCUUUCAUUAAAAAUUUAUUAUACAUACCCAUUUUUUGUCAUCUUGAACACAAAGAGAAAUAUAUGUAUAGAUAUAUUAAAGCCUGGAGCUUGAUUAUUCAAAGAUAUUAGUUAUUACUUGGAUUAAAUAUUAUUUUUAAGUUUUAUUCACAAGAUUGAGCGUGAGCGGCGUAUUUGUAGGAAAAUAUAUAUUUUUAUUGACCCACUUUAGGGAGUUUAUUACAAGAUAAAUAGCAAGCUCUACCUGUGUAAAGCUAUUAGCGAUGUUACUUAAAUCAUGAAUAAAUUUAUAUUGAGAA